GCAUGACGCAGUACUGUUCAGCGGAGGUUUAGGAAAUAAACAAAACAACGCCAUUUAAUUUAUUGAGAAAAGGGUGAGCGCAACAAUUUAUUUGUGCUCCUGUGUAAAAGGCUAACCAUAUUUGACUGUCAGGAAGACACUUGUGCAUCGAUCGAUGCAAGAAGCUCUCCUUCCUACGCCGGCUUCAUUAAAAAAGGAUAUUGGAUUAAUACACGAACCAAGAAGAUGGUGUCUUUGAGCGAGGUUCUGCUUGCUUGAGAGAACAAAGAGCAGGCUGUAAUGAACAUGCCACUGCAUCAGAUCUCUGUCAUUCCACGGGAUGUGAACUCAUCACAAGGCUCAAGUGGUAAACCCAAAGAAAAAGACAGAGAGAAGCAGAAUGAGAAGCCACUGGGGCAUUCUGCAAGCCGGUCAAGUAACAUCUCAAAGGCUGGAAGCCCAACUUCAGUUAACGCUCCUUGCAGCUUCUCACGAACCUCAGUCACACCUUCAAACCAGGACAUUUGCAGUUGCAAAGCACUUGUAGCAAAACAGGCUGCACAGAAUCCCGUGCAGACAGCCAUUGUCUUGAAGAGUUCUAAUAGCAAUAGCUCUGUCGCUCAAGGGGUUGCCGUGACAACAGUCUACCAAGAAAAGAAGAAGAAUUCAUUUGGACAGGAUUGGGUGCAUCUACUGAAGCCCUCCAUGAAUGUCAAGUCGUAUGGAGCUCUGACAUUUUCCAAAUCCCUCAACGAUGUAGGCCAGAAGAUGGAUAGCCUUUACAGUGGUUUAAACUUCAUUGAUAGGACAUGCUCAGAAGGGAAAUUAGCACCGGUCGAAGAGAACUGCUCAGGAAUAAAUCGCUUUCAGACCAAUAACACAACUCACAACGGCAAACCUCAUCAUUAUAAUCUUCCCUUCUCUUAUCGUGCUCCGACAUUUUCCACCAACUACAAGUAUACCUCAGGGUUGGAAGAGGACCACUGUACCAUCCACAUACCUCCUCACGAAGGGAGGCAAGCAAACGAGCUACAGAAAGGCACACACCUGUUUCGCUUUCUCUUGUCCUUUUCUCGUUCCUUGACUGGUGGGAGCCUUCAAAAGCUGUCUGAACUGGAGAGCUGUGCCACCCGCAUGCACAUCGCAAAGUCCUCCAGCUCUUUGAUGGGAGGCAACGCGUCGUACUGCACCGAUGACAUUGGAGAUGAUGAAGUGUUUGAAGAUGACAGCCGGUCAAUCCUCAAAGGGGAUGAGCAGCGGGCCCCGCUCUGUUCGCUGGAGGAGGAUUGCGAUCUUGACUGCUGUUCCACUCCAGUGUCGGAGAAAAUAGUCCCGCUGUCUCCAUAUUCAACUUCAGGGGAUGUGUGCAGGAUUUGUCACUGUGAAGGAGAUGAGGAAAGCCAGCUGAUUACACCCUGCCACUGUACAGGGAGCCUUCGAUUCGUACACCAGGCCUGCCUGCAGCAGUGGAUCAAGAGCUCCGACACACGCUGCUGUGAGCUGUGCAAGUACCAGUUCAUUAUGGAGACCAAACUAAAGCCACUACGGAAAUGGGAGAAGCUCCAGAUGACAUCCAGCGAGAGACGGAAGAUAAUGUGCUCUGUGACAUUCCAUGUCAUCGCUAUUACCUGUGUGGUGUGGUCCUUGUAUGUUCUCAUUGACAGAACAGCAGAGGAGAUUAAACAAGGUCAGACAAGUGGUAUUUUGGAAUGGCCCUUUUGGACUAAACUGGUCGUUGUGGCAAUUGGUUUCACAGGAGGACUGGUGUUUAUGUACGUCCAAUGUAAAGUGUACGUCCAGUUAUGGAAGAGACUAAAGGCUUAUAAUAGAGUAAUAUAUGUGCAAAACCGCCCUGAGACUAGCAAAAAGAUUGUUUUUGAGAAACGUGCACUAAUGGAGCCAAACUUUGAAAACAAAGACGCCCUGGCGCCACCUCAUUCAGAUACAAACUCUUCUUAUAUAGAGCCAGAGGAUUACAGCAUGGAGAUUUUACAUGUUUGAUUUGUUCGGGGGUGCCCUCCUUCCCUCAAAGAACCACCCUGUCCUUCUCCAUGUGCAUUCUGUCCGUCACAAUCAUCUAGUAAACUACGAAGGGGUUCUAUCUAUAGAAAACAUCAGCCCUCGACUACUGCUAUUACUGCCACUAACUACUGAUCUCUGAUUUUCUCACGCUAGUGAAAUGAAUCACAAAGCAUACAAGCACUUUUUCAAUGUCCUUGUUUUGUAACUGCUUUGAAAGCUUGAAGAAAAAGGUCAGAUUCAAAAUAUCCCUUUUGUACCACGACUUUUAUAAUCCCAAUAUACAGAUCAAGGAAGAUGUGAAGACCAAAACGAGGAGCAAUUCCACAUAGAAAGUAUCAUUCCAUUUUUGUAGACUUGCCUGAAGCAAAAUAUUGACUCAGGUGCAAUCCAAGCUGUGAGCUACAUAAGCGGACGCUAUUAUUAAUUAGUCAGGAGGCCAAAAAUUGCUUGAAAAUGUAAAUUAGAUACACACUUUUUUUUUGUUGUUUUUCUUUUUUUUUUUUUUUUUUUACAAAUAUUGAAGCUGAGACUAUUUCCACUGCUAGUGUCUUAGAGUUCAAGUUAAAACUUAUUUUCAGCACAUUCCUUUCACUGUUGCACUGUUUAACUUAUUAAAGAAGGGCAUAGAGAUGUUCUAAAUGGGAGUUAUCAGCCAAUCUAAGACAUACACGCAAUCAUAUUAUAAAUAAAGAAUAAAAUACAUAUACAAUCAGGUCCCAUACUCCUGAAAGAAUACUUUCAUAACAGAACAUUCCAGCCACUAUUACCCAUUCAAAUUCACUGCUUCACAAAAACAAAGCUGUAUGUCUUUACCAUGCAUUCCUUUUAAUUUUAAGCAGAGGGGUUUGGACUGUACUGGGAGUUUGAGCUGCAAUAACAUGUAUGUUAGCAGCAGGGUCUUUUUUAUACAUUAUUUAAACUACAAACUGCAGCCGUAUGUGAUUCUUAUUUAAAAGAGAGCAGAGGCGCAGCCCAAGAGCCUCACACAGCCCAAUAUAAUGAAAUGAAAGAGAUUCUUAGGAUUUCUGUGAAAACGAUUGGAACCUCUUCUUGCAUCUUUUUCUAUGAGGUGCUUAAGAACAUCUAAAGGUUCUGGACCAUUACUUCAGCUGCAUAUUAAAGUGCAAUUACCCUGUGUUGAUCAUAUACCUGACCUGUUUGGAGUCAUUGUGUUUUGUGUGUACAAUAGAAUAGAGCCAUGUUUUUUACAGUAGUGUUUAUUAAAAAGGUUGAAAAGGGCACUUGGGAGGGGUUGGGGCAGGUCUUUUAUUCAUUUGAAUUUACCUAACUGGAAAUGGAAUCUUUAAAAUACCACUUUACUUUGUAAACAUUUUGAUUGUGAAUUUGUUCACACACACACACACACACACACAUAUAUAUAUAUUGAUUUGUUGGUACAUAUUUUGUGUAUCUCCCAGGAAUAAUAGUAGUUGUUUAAUUUCUUAUAUUUAUUAAUGUUCCCUUUAUAUAAGUGACACAUUUCACAGUGAUUGUUCGCGUUACUUAAAUCCAUAUCAUGCUGAGUAAUUCUCUUUAAAGUGUGGCAUCACAAAAAAAAAAAAAUGUAACUGCAUCUUUGUAAAUCAAUGUUCUUUAAACCAUGCAGGGCCAAUGAACCGAGUCAAAACUGAACAGCACUAUAAUUCUUAUACAAGAAGAGAAAGUUAACAAGGUAUAUAACCUUUAAGACAGAGACAUUUAUUGUGAAUAUACAGAAAACUUUUAACAAAACCACUUAAGACUUUAAAAAAGAAGAAAAAUACACUUCACUUUAUUGCUUUCUUAGUUGUUUAUGUAUGAUUGUUGGUAAAAAGAAAUGCUGUAAUUUAAAUGUAAAAAGUUUUGUAUUCUUUUAUGUAUGUUUCUAUAUUUUUCUCAGUAUUAUAUCACUUGGCUCUUAGUUUCCUAAUGAAGUGUAAGUGAUUACAUUUGUGCUGUGGUUACACAGGGGUAUUGAUUGCAGGCAAUAAACAUGUUUAUAUAAAAAAUGA